GUUGGAGUGAACGUCCAUUCUAUUAUUUCUCCCUGUGCCAAAGCGCAUCAAAAGAAAGAAACAGAAGAAUCGCUUGGAUGGAGGGAAUGAUACAAGACCAAUCUCAGCUGCAAAAUCAACAGCAGCAACAGCAGCCACCGCAGAUGGCGGUUGCGGAGAGGCUGAACCAGGCUGUCCAGCAACAGCUCAAUUUGGAGUCCGUAAAGACUCGAGCUAUCAGCCUUUUCAAAGCUAUCUCCCGUAUCCUUGAAGAAUUCGAUGCACACGCUCGGUCCAACGCCAAUCCCAAAUGGCAAGAUAUCUUGGGGCAAUAUUCUAUGGUCAACCUUGAGCUCUUCAACAUUGUGGACGAGAUUAAGAAGGUUUCCAAGGCUUUUGUGGUGCAUCCCAAAAACGUUAAUGCAGAAAAUGCUACAAUUCUACCGGUUAUGCUAUCCACAAAAUUAUUGCCCGAGAUGGAAAUUGAUGACAACUCCAAGAGAGAGCAAUUGCUUCUGGGGUUGCAAAAUUUGCCAAUAUCGUCUCAAAUUGAGAAAUUAAAGAGUAGAAUAGAUAUGAUUGGGGCAGCCUGUGAAAGUGCUGAAAAAGUAUUAGCUGAUACCCGCAAAGCCUAUCAAUUUGGUACGCGACAAGGGCCAACUAGUCUUCCAACUUUAGACAAGACCCAGGCUGCAAAAAUUCAAGAACAAGAGAACUUACUCCGAGCUGCUGUAAAUUUUGGUGAAGGACUUCGAGUAACCGUAGACCAGAGGCAGAUUACGUCUGCACUUCCAAUGCAUCUGGCAGAUGUGCUGACUGUGGGUGAUGGAGUGCAUAAUGUUUCUGAUUCUUCUGGGAUGUACAUGAAAAAUACUCCACCUCUGUCAUCAAAUAGCAUCAAUAAUCAGGGGUCUCUUUUACAGGCCUCCGGAACAGCACUUAUGGGAAGAUCCGCUGCAUCCCCUUCUGCUGCUACAAGCGCUACCUCCUUUGACAAUACUACAACUUCCCCAUUACCAUAUGCCAACUCACCAAGGUCGGGCAACAUGAUGAACAUGCCUUCUCCUCAACAACAAACCCAACAACAACAGCAGCAACAGCAGCAGCAGCAAAGGCAAAAGAUGAUGCAAUUACCUCAGCAUCAGCAGCAACUCUUUGCUCAGCAACAAUUCAGACAAUCUACAAUGCAAGGAUUGGGACAGACCCAGCUGCCACAGCUGCAUGAUUUGCAGGGACAGGGUCAGCAGAAGUUUCAGCCGCAGUUACAUGGACAACAUCAGAUGCAAUUUUCUCAAGCACUGGGGCACCAGCAAUUUCAGGGUAGGCAACUGCCCUCCGGACAUGUUCAACAUGGCAUGGGUCAAAAUCCACUCAACCAAGGAAAUCAGUUAAAUCGCCAUUUAACUCAGUUUUCUGGUACUGCAAAUAAUGCACUGUUUAAUGCUGCUCAGGGGGCACCAAAUACCCAGAUGGUCAAUUCCAAACAUGUCAGCUACAAUGUCAUCUCAACCACUUGUGCCAAGAACGCAGUUUGGAUUAACCGGUGGCAAUCCUCAAAGGAGUCAUACGUCCCAAAUUCUGAAUGAUCAAAUGUUUAAUAUGGGAGUAUCAAAUCCUGCUGGUAUGAUGCCUAUACAGCCACAGCAGCAGCAGCAACAGCAGCUUGGUUCUCAAGGUGCAUUUGGUAAUAUGCAGCCAAAUGCUCAGAAUCUACAAUCGAGUAUGGUUGCACUUCAGAAUGCAUCACAAAAUCACCCCAAUUUUGUACAACAGAGGCAACAAAAUCCACAGUAAUUUUUGCCACAAUUUACCCCCGAGUACUCUGUUUUUCCUUUUCUGGCCGAGUAGGAAUCUUGUAGAGUGCUAAUGAUUAUGAUACUACCGAUAUUGGAUUGGAAUUACGUUUUAGUGUAGAUAGAAAUGCUACAAUUACUCUUGAUGUAGGAGAGAAUAUGUAUAAUAAAUCAACACAAAAUAACCACUCUGCUCAUGUUUUCUUGCAAAGCUGUAAACAUUUUACUCAAGUUUAGUUGCCUUACCAUUUAUUAGUUCCUUUGGCUAGAACGUGUUUUUUGUAAUAAUAUAAUAUGUGAUCUCUUGAGUGCU